UUGAGGCACCGGCGGCUUCUUUCUGGAGUCUUUCGCGUCCCUGGCUGUCUCUGUGGCUUCUGCUCUCCGUGCUGGCCAUGGGGGAGGCAGAGAAGUUCCACUACAUCUACAGCUGUGACCUGGACAUCAACGUGCAGCUGAAGAUAGGAAGUUUGGAAGGGAAGAGAGAGCAGAAGAGCUACAAAGCUGUCCUCGAAGAUCCGAUGCUAAAGUUCUCUGGGCUCUACCAAGAGACAUGCUCUGACCUGUAUGUGACUUGUCAAGUUUUUGCUGAAGGGAAACCUCUGGCCUUACCAGUCAGAACAUCCUACAAGGCAUUUAGUACAAGAUGGAAUUGGAAUGAAUGGCUAAAACUCCCUGUGAAAUACCCUGACCUGCCCAGGAAUGCCCAAGUGGCCUUGACUAUAUGGGACGUGUAUGGACCAGGAAAAGCUGUGCCAGUGGGAGGAACAACUGUGUCGCUCUUUGGAAAAUAUGGCAUGUUUCGCCAAGGAAUGCAUGAUUUAAAGGUGUGGCCUAACGUGGAGGCAGAUGGCUCUGAACCCACAAGAACUCCCGGCAGAACAAGCAGCACGCUCUCCGAAGAUCAGAUGAGCCGCCUCGCUAAGCUGACCAAGGCUCAUCGGCAAGGACACAUGGUCAAGGUGGAUUGGUUGGACAGAUUAACAUUUAGAGAGAUAGAAAUGAUUAAUGAGAGUGAGAAGCGCAGCUCUAAUUUCAUGUACUUGAUGGUUGAGUUUCGCUGUGUCAAGUGUGAUGAUAAGGAGUAUGGCAUUGUUUACUAUGAGAAGGAUGGUGACGAGUCGUCUCCAAUUUUAACAAGUUUUGAGUUAGUAAAAGUUCCUGAUCCUCAGAUGUCUAUGGAGAAUUUAGUGGAGAGCAAACACCACAAGCUUGCUCGAAGUUUAAGAAGUGGACCAUCUGACCACGAUCUCAAACCCAAUGCUGCCACAAGAGAUCAGCUAAAUAUUAUUGUGAGUUAUCCACCAACCAAGCAGCUCACAUAUGAAGAACAAGAUCUUGUUUGGAAAUUUAGAUAUUAUCUUACUAAUCAAGAAAAAGCUUUGACAAAGUUUUUGAAGUGUGUUAAUUGGGACCUACCCCAGGAGGCCAAGCAGGCACUGGAGCUUCUGGGAAAGUGGAAGCCUAUGGACGUAGAGGAUUCCUUGGAGCUGCUCUCCUCGCAUUACACCAACCCGACAGUGAGGCGGUACGCUGUGGCCCGCUUGCGGCAGGCUGAUGAUGAGGAUUUGCUGAUGUACCUACUGCAGCUGGUCCAAGCUCUGAAAUACGAAAACUUUGAUGACAUAAAGAAUGGUUUGGAGCCUACGAAGAAAGAUAGUCAGGGUUCGGGGUCAGAAAGUCUGUCAAAUUCUGGAAUCAGUUCUGCAGAUGUAGAUAGCUCCCAAAUUCUAAGCAACCCUCUUCCUCCGGUGUCCUCCCCUCCUCCGGCAUCGAAAUCCAAAGAAGGUUCAGAUGGAGAAAAUCUAGAGCAAGAUCUAUGUACCUUCUUGAUAUCAAGAGCCUGUAAGAACUCAACACUGGCUAAUUAUUUAUACUGGUACGUGAUAGUGGAGUGUGAAGAUCAGGACACGCAGCAGAGAGAUCCAAAGACCCAUGAGAUGUACCUGAACGUCAUGAGGAGAUUCAGCCAAGCCUUGUUGAAGGGUGACAAGUCGGUCCGAGUCAUGCGCUCCCUGCUGGCCGCACAGCAGACCUUCGUGGACCGGCUGGUGCACCUGAUGAAGGCCGUGCAGCGGGAGAGUGGAAAUCGCAAGAAAAAGAAUGAGAGACUUCAAGCGCUGCUUGGAGAUAAUGAAAAAAUGAAUUUGUCGGAUGUGGAGUUGAUCCCAUUGCCGUUAGAGCCUCAGGUGAAAAUAAGAGGAAUCAUCCCAGAGACAGCCACCCUGUUCAAGAGCGCUCUGAUGCCUGCGCAGCUGUUCUUUAAGACAGAAGACGGAGGCAAAUACCCAGUUAUCUUCAAGCACGGUGACGACUUGCGUCAAGACCAGCUGAUCCUGCAGAUCAUCUCCCUGAUGGACAAGCUGCUACGGAAGGAGAAUCUGGAUCUGAAGUUGACACCUUAUAAGGUCUUAGCCACUAGUACCAAACAUGGCUUCAUGCAGUUCAUCCAGUCAGUUCCUGUUGCUGAAGUACUUGACACAGAGGGAAGCAUUCAGAACUUUUUUAGGAAGUAUGCCCCGAGCGAGACUGGCCCGAAUGGCAUCAGUGCCGAGGUCAUGGACACUUACGUCAAAAGCUGUGCUGGCUACUGUGUGAUUACAUACAUUCUUGGAGUUGGAGAUCGGCACCUGGAUAACCUUCUGUUAACAAAAACAGGCAAACUCUUCCACAUAGAUUUUGGGUAUAUCUUGGGCCGAGAUCCAAAGCCUCUUCCUCCUCCAAUGAAGCUGAAUAAAGAGAUGGUGGAAGGAAUGGGCGGCACGCAGAGUGAGCAGUACCAAGAGUUCCGAAAGCAGUGUUACACGGCCUUUCUCCACCUGCGAAGGUAUUCAAAUCUGAUUUUGAACUUGUUCUCCUUGAUGGUUGAUGCAAACAUCCCAGAUAUUGCUCUUGAACCAGAUAAAACUGUAAAAAAGGUUCAGGAUAAGUUCCGUUUGGACCUUUCAGAUGAGGAGGCUGUGCAUUACAUGCAGAGUCUGAUUGACGAGAGCGUCCAUGCGCUGUUUGCUGCAGUGGUGGAGCAGAUCCAUAAGUUUGCCCAGUACUGGAGAAAAUGAAAGUGGAUUUGGUCCUUCAUGAUACUCUGCUCAGUAAGAAAAUGUGAGAAGCUGCUGUUGUGUAUGCUAAAGACAUCGGAGAAGCGAACAAGGAAGAGACAGUCUCCAGAAGUUAACUUGUGGCAAGUGUUGUCUCCUUGGAUGCCACUGCUUAAAUCUUGGCAUAGAGAGUUUGUUUAAAGCGACCAUGUAUAGGGCAGGCCAUCGCAGCUCACAUCUGUAAUUCCAGAACUCCGGAGGGUGAGGCAGGAAGAUUUGCUGCAAAUUUGAAGCCAUCCUCAGCUACAUAAUGACUCUGGAUCUGCCAAAAAUUCACUGUGUAUAUUUGUCUUAUAAUGUAUAAAGAUAAGAAGAGAAUUAUGUAUAUGUUUUAGAAUUAUGGAAUAGUAAAGCAUUUAGCCCCUGAAUCUGAAGUGCCCUGUUUUCCUUCUCAUGCAUGUGGAUCUGGUUUUCAGUUAUGAAGAUGGUUUUUCACUUCUCCUCUUUUCCUUGCUCUCUUCCUCCCCGCCACCAUUUUUGUUCCUUAGUUUCUGUGUAAUUUACAUAAUACUUUGCUUUUACAUUUUCUCCAAGUUUUAUACAUUACGAUACAUUCUUUUUACAGUUGAAUAAUUGGGGUUUUUUUUUGUUUUAGAAAGCUCUUUGUGGACAGAGGGUAGUAAGAAAGCAGGACUCAACAGUACACAGCACAGGCCCAGCCCUGUGGCCUGGGCUCUGUGCCCUGUAUCCCGUCUGCUGCUUCCACAGGCAGCACUGAGCAUCUCUGCAGGAGGUGGUAGAGUUGGGUAUGAGAACUCAAUGGGAGCAGUUGCCAAUCAGUGGUUUCUGCCUGUAGACAAAUGGAGAGGGGUACAAGGUCUGGGGAGAGCGGUGAGGGAAAACAGCGCCUCAAGAAAGGGUGAUUUCUCUUGAACUAUAAAUAUGGAGGUUUUUCUGUUUUAUGAACUACAGUUCCCAGCUCUCCUGAGGCGUGCAUACAUAUAGUGGAAGGUGAAAGUGAGCCACGCUCAAAGAUACUAUCACUCAACAUGAGAGUCCAUCACUUCCACGUCAUACAAUAAGUUAUAAGAGGUUUUUCCACGUAUUUGUGUCCAUGCUUAGAUGGCACCAUGCCAUGAAGUUAGAGGACAGCUUUGAAGAGGUGCGUCUCUUCUGCUACUUUAUGAUGGCCAGGCUUGGUGGCAGGCCCCUUUCUUUACUCCGUGAGCCUCUUUCUUACCCAGGAAAUUAUUUUUUAUGCAAA